UCCGUGCGUUGGUAAGAGUGCCCCCUGUCAAAUCGCCGUACGGUUGAUUAUGAUACACUUAUUGGCAUUGCCAUUGUUGAUAGUGCUCGUCUUUUGCUUGGAAAUAUUAUUAGUUAUCGACUAUUACGAGAUUGUGUAUGAUAGAAGCCAAAACGUAAGGAAUCAGAAUGUUUUCGUUUCAUAAACCUAAGGUGUACAGGUCGCCUACAGGGUGCUGUAUAUGCAAAGCUAAAUCAAGCAGUUCUCGGUUUACCGAUUCUCGCAAGUACGAAGACGAUUUCGUGGAAUGCUUUCAACUGCCAUCACCUCGCAAAGGAGAAAUUUGCAAUGCAUGUGUUUUACUUGUAAAACGUUUCAAACGUCUUCCACCUGGCUCGGACAGGCAUUGGGGCCAUGUUGUCGAUGCUAGGGUAGGACCCGGUUUAAAAUCAAUGACCAGGUUCAAAAAGAAAAAGGAAGAGAAGGAAUUGGCUGCGAAUUGUGUAGGAUUUAACAAUACGAAUGCACCCCCUGAGAAGUUUUUGAAAAUAAUGAAGAAGAAGAGUAAAAAAGAGAGGAAAAGUGCCAAUGCUCAAAAGAAUAGAGAAAAUAGUCCAACCCCUUCCGAUGACAGCACACCGGGAAGUCCUCUGAGUUAUCACAGCGAUGCUGAUGACAAUCUUUCCGAUGUUGACUGCAAUACCAAUCAGCAAUUGGCAGAAGAUGAAAAUAGUGCUGUCGUUCAGAAUGGUAAAGAAAACAAUGCCCAGAACAAUAUUGUUAGGCAACGCAGGAAAAGUCAUAAGCCGCCUAGUAAACGCAAAGCUGGACCGCCUGAUAGUGGAGGAUUUUUGCAACCGGAUAUUGGUCUAGUAUAA